AUGCAAUCUGACGCGCAGCAGCACGCGGCCCUCGCCACAUACGCACGCUUCUGGUGCCUGCACCAGCUCGCGCCGUUCGCCGACCAGGCCUUUGCGCUUGCGGGAGCUAUGGAUCACCGCAUGAUCGACGAGAGCUGCCAGACCGGGCCAGGCGCCUGCUUGCGCGCCCACUUUGACUACGACUGGCUCGUACGACUGCCGCUCGCGCUGGCCUGCCUGCUCUUCCCCGGCCGGCGGCUCCUCCUUCUCGCGCACCUCGUCAACGUCGUCGGAUGGGCCGACCGGAUGCCGGCCGGGCCGGACUUGCAUGCGGUGUGGGACUAUAUGUGCUGGUGCGCGCUGAUGGAGGCCCCCUUCGUGCUCGCCGCCGCCACAUCCUCCUCGAUGGCGGAGACGGCUCGCAAGUUCCUCCCGGCGAUGCGCGCGCAGCUAGUCGUCCUCUACUUCUCGGCCGCCUUUUGGAAGCUCACUUCCUCGUACGACGGCCACUACUCGUGCUCGACAGAGCUCCUCUCCGGCCUCGAGCCCCUCUUCCCGCCCCUCGCCACCCUGAGCGGGCUCAUGCUGCACGCGGCGCCCGCCCUCGUCGCCGGCAUCGAGACUGACUCCUCGUUCAUGAUGACUCACUAG